AUGGACCAAGUGAAAGCCAAGGCCGAUGCAACCAAGCAGGGGCUUGGCUCUGCUCUGCAGAAGGGAAGCUCUGCUGUUCAGAGUGCCACGAAAGGAGUGAAGAAAGCCGUCAAGAAAACGAAAUCUGGCGUGAAGGAUCGGAUGCAUGCCGUUGGCGAUGUUGUAAAGGAUGCCUCCGAGAAAUCUCGCGGUAUGCUAGGUUCCAGUGCUUCACGCACCCGAAGCGGAGGAGGGUCUGUGUUACCUGAAGAACGAGAAGAACCUGUGGUGACGGAAUCCUCGCCACUUUUGAGUCCAGAAGACAAAAAAGAUGAUGGGAAUCAAGAUGACAAAAAAGAAGCGUUUGCUGAGACUGGCUCUACGGAAAGCAAAGAGGACGAAGACAAGGCAACCAUUCUAUCCAAUAUCUUAAACUGGAUCCACCAGAACAAUCAACCAGUGCUGGCCGCCAUUGGUGCCGUUGCAGUUUAUCAGCUCUUGGCGGGAGGGUAUCAAGAUGUCUGGAACAACUCAGUACCUAUUCCCAUGUUUGCUGUGUGGAUAUCACUUGGACUCUUGAUUGGUGGAGUAUUAGGAAGACUCCAGGCCAUUGAGGAAAUGGAGAUGUUACAGAGGAAGAAGGAAGCAGCGAGGGCCUUGGAAAGAAGAGAAACAGAAGACAAUAUGGUCGAAAGUGCUCCCGGUAGUGUGAGAUCCCUUCAGAAAGCAGCGAAGGUGUUUAGAAAGCCGUGGACUACCCUGAGGCGAACACACACAAAACGUACGGAAAAGAAAAGGUGGAGAGCCCAUGAUAAGGUUAAUUUGGUGUCUCAAUCCAUGACAAAAGCUCUGUUUGGAGUGGUACCCAAGGAGCAGAGAAAGAGUCUGAUGCAGGUGGGAGUCACCGAAGAGCUUCUCCAAGAGGCACAGACCCAAGAUGAGAGCAUGGAAAUGUUAGGAAGUGCCAUCGACGAUCCUGAUAAGCUUCGGGCCAAGAGUCUGGAGCAAGACUAUGUCGAGACUCUGUGCCCUUUGCGUGGUAUUGACAUAUUCCAAACGGAAUGUCCUGACAGCGACUUGGCAACACAUCCCUUUUUGAUUGAGCACGGGUUGCGAGAACGGCCUACAUUUAUUCUCAACCUCGUCACUCAAUGGGGCAAUGUGACCAUGUAUUACGAGUUCCCAGACUGGCUGCAAGAUUGGGACAACGUGCCUCCUGAAACGGAAAACGACCGGGAAGAUACAAUUGCCUUGAAGAGAUUUCUUGCUGGUGACGAGGAAUACCGAAGCAAACGACUAAAGUUACUACCCGUUCUUGUUGAUGGUCCUGGCCCGAUCAGAUUCGUUGCGCCCGCGAAGAAAACCUUCACAGUCGUCCGACCAACCCUGCCUUGUACGUGGAAACAACACGACGCAGUCAAAGAUGCCGAUGGGAAUAUCACUCAGCAUUGUUGUUUGGAGUUGGUGGGAGACGUCAUGGUGGACAGAGGAAUGAGGACCGCUGCGGUCUUGGUCAAACGAUAUCUGGGUUCCAUCGUUGGGGACUGUGCCCUGUUGCUGGAAAAACCCGACGACCAAAAAGAGGAAGAACCCAGAGCUUGCCUCGGCCUGUGCCGAUUUGAUCGCAUCGUGGUUGAGUCCUGCCCGGACAUGCCGCCCAGAGAGGACGAGGACAAGACGGAGGAGGAACGAGACAUGCGUCGGGCCAGUAUGUUCAUGGGGAAGCCGUUGGUGCUGGACGAGUAA